AGUAAUGCAGACAUAGUAGUCAUUGCAUUGUAAGUAUUCGAGAAAAAGAAACAUAAACUGAAAGUUGAAAUCUGAAUUGAUUCAAACGUAAAAUCGAAAAGUUUAGCAUUUUUUCUGUGCAAAAUGUCUUCAAAUUGUUGCAAAGCAAACACUUCAGCGGGCGAGAAUUGCUGUUGCAAAUCCUGUAAUAGCCCAGGAUGCUAUCCCAAGCAAGUUCAUGGGGCAUGUCGAAUGGAUAUGCCUUGCGCCAGAAUGCCAGGACCACGGCCACCAAACUUUAACAAAGUCUUCAAAAAUCAUCGAAAUCCUGAUUUGCCGUGGCUCGAUUGGCAUUUUCGGCCGUCAAUCACAUCUGAUUCGACCGAUACGAAUCACUACGCGUAUCAGUUGAAACGACACACACCCUGCAUCGGCGACGUCUACUUCCACGAUUUGCCCGAAGAUUCGAAAAAGUUCAUUUGAAUUGGAGAAGCUUUGAAGCACAUUAAUAUUAACAUUAAUUGUUAAUCAAAAUCCAAAGUCUAGAGUUAAAUCCGAAGUGAAUUAAUAUUUGAAAAGUGAAA